GCCAUUGCAAUGUCUUCGCAGAGCGCUUCGAAGCAGUUUUUUUGCUUGGUUUUAGAGUUGAACAAUCUCAUUGUCCAGCGCAAGACCUUGGAUUCAUUCAAAGAUUGGAGCACUAUUGACAGAUUUAUCAAAAACUACAACUAUUUGAUUGAUGAUUUUAAUUUACGAUCAAACUGCUUGAGCGUCUUGUCCAAUCUAUUCCAAUCAAUCAAUUUUGCAAUCAAUAGCAAAAUGAACAACAUGAGUAGCGCCAAUCACCUAUCUACAAUUAAAAAUGCCCACCUAUUCAAAUUCUUAAUCAAUUGCUACUUGAAGUUUAAUAUCUUAUCAAACAAAUUUUGGUUUGUCUUGAUUGUUUGUUUUACUUUAUUUAUACAUUUCCAUUCAACUGAUAUCUUACUAACGCUAUAACCACCUUCCCGAAAGAACUUGAUCCCGGAUCAACCCAUAUCUUUACACUCUUCAAUUAUAGACAAUUUUUUAUCUAAAUCUCUUUUAGAUAAUAAUAUCAGCUGGAAAUUCUCUUAUCUCUUGUCAAAAUUAUCCGAUUUAAAUAAAAACGAUGAAUCGAUUAAGUUCAAUUCAAUUCUAAU